AUGGCCAGAGGAGGCAUGCUCCCCUCCCUGCCCACACUGACUGUACUUGUUCCUCUCCUGUCCCUAGCAGGCUUGUUUUACUCAGCCAGCGUAGAUGAAACCUUCCCACAGGGCUGCACCAGCACCAACAGCUUAUGUUUCUACAGUCUUCUCCUUCCUGUUACAAUACCCGUUUAUAUAUUCUUCCAUCUGUGGACCUGGAUGGGGAUUAAGCUUUUUAGGCACAACUAGUGUGGUGCAUUUGCUAACCCCUGGGCUUCUCUAAAGCAACACAGUUUAUUUAAUCUCAUCAGGUGUUGCAGUUGAUUUGAGAGAGUUCCCUUCUGGCACUAGUGACUGGUGCCAUUUUCCUAGGAGCAUCUGGAACUAUAUGAAGUCCUCUGCAGCAGCCCGUUACUUAAUUACUGCUAAGGCAGAUAAAGAGGAGGAAUAACAAGAAGCACUAAUUCUUCUAGUGUAUCCAUUCAAGAGUGUUGUGCGUUUGUAGUGGCACUAAUGAAAAUCUAGGCGGUGAUUGUUUUUAUGAGGAAGAACCGUACCCUGACUGAAAUAAUUGAUCUUAAAUAAUAAGCAAUGACAACAUGCAGCUAUAUGAAUCUGUCUUUGAAUUACAAGCUUUGUUUUGAACUGAUGUGUGUAUUGAAAUGUGUUUGUCUCGCUGUCAGAAGAACAUAAAAUAAAUUAGGCUGAUGUUUAAUAACAAAA